AUGUCGUUGCCAACUAUUUGGGGUUACAGUAAAUUUCACAGUGAAGCUACUUACAGUUGGGCGCGACGUCUUAACAUUGCAAUUGGAGCCGCACAAGGAUUGGAGUAUUUACACACUGCAUGCAACCCACCACUCAUCCAUAGAGAUGUGAAGAGUUCAAAUAUCUUAUUGAGUGAAAGUCUAGUGGCCAAAGUAGCAGACUUCGGACUGUCAAAGUCUUUCAACAUGGACAAUCGUAAUCAUAUACCUAAUGCAUCUGCAGUGGUUGGUACACCUGGCUAUAUUGAUCCAGAGUACUCUUCGUCGAACCAAAUCAGCGAGAAGAGUGAUGUCUAUAGCUUCGGAGUGAUUAUCCUUGAGUUGGUUACAGGUCGGCCUCCUGUGGUGCGAGCUAUGAAUUCUAAUGCUAUCAGUUUAGUUCAAUGGGUACGCCAAAGGCUUGCUAAAGAGGAUAUUGAGAAUAUUAUCGAUAGAAAUCUGAGAAUGGGGCACGACAUAAAUUCCAUUUGGAAGGCUGUUGAUCUUGCAUUGCGAUGCACAGAGCUAGACCACCGUCAGAGGCCAACUAUGGCUCGUGUUGUGAAGGAACUGAAUGAGAGUUUGGAAUUAGAAUGUGCUUAUUCUGAGGGCUUUACAACUGGAGGAAGCCAGACUGAUACAAUAAGUGUUGCUUUUGAAGUCGAACCACCACCGUUCUUUGCUCCAGGAGCGAGAUAAAAAAUA